AUGAGAACAACCCGCACAGGAACCGCCUCUCUCUUAGAUGCAACUGUGACACGUCUCAUAGACGAUGUAAUAGAGAAUGGAUCAAGUUUUCUUGCAGACGACGAGAACUUGCAGCAUUAUAAACACCAUUUAAACCAUCUUGAGACAGCAUCGAAGAUAGCACUUCUUCGGGAAUGCCUGUGCGUGCGACCGCCUUUGCCACUUCUGCCGGAGGAUCUACUUCAAGAUAUCGACGCCAUCCUCUCACGACUUCAUCAGCACAAGAUACUUACUCCAAUUUCCUCACUCUCACCUUGGCGGACGAUUCAACAUGAUGGACACCGAGCUACCAAGGUUCAUCUCUGGAGAGGCGACAUCACGACUUUGACUGGUGUAACAGCUAUCACCAAUGCCGCGAACAGCCAGGGCCUAGGGUGCUUCCAACCAACUCAUCGAUGUAUUGACAACAUCAUCCACGCUGAGGCAGGACCACGGCUGCGAGAAGAGUGUUUCCAGCGAAUGCAGGCCAGAGGAAAAGAGCUUGAGCCUGGAGAAGUACUUGUCACUGAAGGUCAUGCUCUCUUUGCUUCGUCAGUUAUGCAUACUGUUGGGCCACAACUGAAGAGAGGUGCUUCACCUACUGAGACUGAGAGGCGGCAACUGGCCAAGUGUUAUGAGUCGAUUCUUGAUGCGUUAGAGCUUUUGCCGUGUGAGGAGGACGGUAGCAAAUCAGUUGCUCUUUGCUGUAUUUCGACGGGCUUGUUUGCAUUUCCAGCGGAUGAAGCAGCUGAGAUAGCAGUGUCAACUGUCACGUCAUGGCUCCAGAAGCAUCCAUCAACAACGGUUACAGACGUCAUCUUCAACACAUUUACCGAAUCAGACACCGAGAUCUACUCGAAACUUCUUGGGCCUUCGCCGACAAAACCACUCUCACUUACCGCGAGCCUGCCACAAAAUUCUCUCAGCUUAGCGCGCGACUGGCUCGCCUCAGCAGACGCUGUCCUCAUCACAGCCGGCGCAGGUCUAUCAGCCGCAGAAGGUCUAGACUACCACUCCCGAGACCUCUUCAAGAAGAAUUUCCCAGGUUGUCUCAAGCUCGGAUUGUCUUCACUGUAUAGCGUCUUUGGCUUCAACGACUGGCCUUCGGAGGAGCAUCGAUGGGGAUAUUUCUUCACUCAUUUAAACAUGGUAGCCAACUGGUCUAAUACGCCUACUUACCAGGCUUUAAUACCGUGGCUGAAGAAUUUUGGGCAAGACGCAUUUGUGCGCACGUCAAAUGCUGACGGGCUGUUUCUCGCAAAUGGCUGGCCAAAGGAGCAACUUUCUACACCGCAGGGCUCGUAUGGAUAUUUGCAGUGUCUGAAUAACUGCAGAGUCGACGCUGUCGUGCCAUCGGCUCCCCUUGUAGCUGAUGCAAUGCCUCACAUCGACAAGGCGACACAAAAACUAAUGGAUUCAAGCAAGAUUCCGCUGUGCAGGUUCUGCGGUUCGAAAAUGGGUAUUUGCGUUCGAGCGGGCUCCUGGUUCAAUCAGGCGCCUUUCCGAGAAGGCGAAGGUCAAUGGAAAGCAUUUAAAUCUCGGGUUCUUAGAGAAAAGAAGAAUCUGGUAAUUUUAGAACUCGGUGUCGGGAUGAAUACUCCAGGUGUUUUGAGAUGGCCGAACGAAGAUUUGGUGAUGCGAAGUGACGGGCGAGUCAAGCUCAUUCGCGUUGGCAUGGGCCCAGAGGCGAUGGUGCCGUGGGAGCAGGAAGACGAGGGUCUGAGCACUUGUAUUCAAGGCGAUAUCGGGCGCGCGAUUCCUCUGCUGCUAGAAUGA